GUUGGUACAUUGAUAUACCAAUUUGGUACUUCUAUCUUGUAUAUCUCGGAUAAAUGUUAUUAAUCAAAGGAUACGAAAAUUUUAGUGUUCUGCUCUUGAUCCAAAUUUAAUUUUUUCUAAUAAAGUAUUCUACUAUAAUUUUAAGUUUGAUUUUAAGUGGUGUAGUAGUCAUGAAAUAUGAUUUCUGCCUUAAAGAAAGUAUUUAUUGUUAUUUUUGCUAUCGCGGUGUCCGUCUCAUCCAGGAUUCACAAGUUACCUCUUGUGGAUGAUGAACGUCACUAUGUUGAUUUGACUACAUUUGGUUUUUUUGAAGGGGGUAUCUUAGAUGUGCAUAUGAUUAACUUCAAGUUGCCAUCUGGUUCAGUGCUGGGCGAGUAUGGUUUUACCUUGGAUAGAACUGUCAAUGAUGCCAUUAAUCCUUAUCUGGAAGUACAUUCGGAUACAUGUAUUCUUAAAGGUGUAGAAAAUUAUGGCGGUCUUUUGUCACCACAUCAUCCAGCUAUAGUUUUUUUGAAAUUAGAUUUUAAAAAUCUCAGAAUUAAUAUUACAUGUGAAGGUGAAGUUACUGCAUUACAUCUUUACCAAAAUAGGUCAAUGAUUCCAAUAGAUAGAAUUAAACGACAAUCACAGUAUAUAUUUGUAAACAGACAACGACGAUCACCAUUAGAUAGUAAGAAAUCAACGGAGGCAUUGGGAUCUCAGUGUUCAUAUGCGGUUCUUCCUAUCACAAAAGAAACACGAAAUGGCUUUGAUUAUUACAAUACAAGUUUUGCUAUGUAUGUGGCUUCAGACAAGGAAGAAGGAUUGUACAACUUGUACUUCCAUAACUGUCCACAUGAAACAGAGCCUGCUAUUAAUGUUUUGAUAGAAAUAUAUGAAAGUAAUGAUGGAAACUUUUUGUCCGCUGGGGAAAUGCCACUUCCAGCACUAUACAGCAUGAUGUCACUCAUAUUUUUUUUGUGUGCUGGCUUUUGGACUUUUAUUUUAAAAACAAGCCGUCACAAAGUAUAUAGAAUACAUAUAAUUAUGUGUGUACUGGUUUACUUAAAAGCAAUGUCAUUGGCUUUCCACGGGAUUAACUAUCAUUUUAUACAAACAAGAGGAGAGCAUGUUACAGCUUGGGCAAUAUUAUACUACAUAACACAUUUAUUAAAAGGUGCUGUGCUCUUUGUGACUAUAAUUUUAGUUGGAACUGGAUGGAAUUUUAUUAAACACAUUCUGGCAGACCGCGAUAAAAAAAUAUUUAUGAUAGUCAUUCCAUUACAAGUGGUCGCUAACGUUGCGGAGAUAAUAAUCGCUGAAAGUGAAGAGGGAGCGGUCGAACAUAACGCGUGGAGGAUUCUUUUAAUGUUCGUCGAUGUACUCUGUUGUGGCGCUAUUAUGUUCCCGGUUGUAUGGUCAAUACACCAUUUGGAAGAUUCUUCGACAACAGACGGCAAGGCUGCUGUUAAUUUGAGAAAGCUUAAGUUAUUUAGACAUUUUUACGUGAUGAUCUUGUGCUAUAUUUAUUUCACGAGAAUUAUUGUCACUAUAUUGGAGAAAACAGUUCCAUUCCAAUAUUCGUGGAUCGAUGAAAUGUUUCGUGAGAUGGCGACGUUUGUUUUCUUUGUAAUGACAGGAUACAAGUUCCGACCGGCUGCAGCUAAUCCUUAUUUCACACCGACAUACGAUGACGUCGAACCGAAAGUGAUAUCAGAGAUAGGAGUACUGGACGGUGUCACGAAUAGAGAGAAGAGACGUGAAGAUAUGCAACCAUUAAUGCAAGAAAAUUCCGAAUAAAUUAAUGAUAACUAGAUAGAAAAUUUUCAUAUAACAACUGCAUUUAUCGUAGAUAAUUUGUAUCUACUUAAUCAGCUUAUUAGAUUUUUUUUGUAUUAUACAUCUACAUUAAUAUUUGGCUAUGAAUUAGACAUAUCCCGUAUACAUCCUUUAAAUAUUAACACUAGUUAGGUACUGUAGUCUGGUAUAAAAUGGGGGUUCGUAGUUGUUAGUUCUAAUUUUGCAGGCUUUAUAUUUUAUAUAAAGAAUUACGCCUAAGGAUGUUUUUAUUAAUUUCCUUUUAAAUGUAGCUCGGAUUGCUGCCCUCUGCUUAAGCGCCUGCAUUGUAAUGCCGAAUUAAUAUUCCUAUCUAACGAUAUCUAAUGACAUUUUUAAAAUAAUUAUAUUUCACGUUAUUACUCAGUUUUAUCGUAUCAAAAUAUCGAAACCGUUUUUCUUUAGUAACUUGGUCAGCUAUAAGGCAAUAUGAACUAUCGGUUUUGUCAUCUCACUAGUGCUUUACAAGUUAUUUUUAUUUUUCGAUUAAAUACACACAUAUAUAAACUAUGUAUUAUACACGUAUACGACUCCCUAUCUGUCUCGGAACCUAUUACGAAAACUAAAAGCUUUGCUCUACAGUUUCAAAAGUAAUGGCCAAUCGCAAAAUGGAUGAUUUGAUUUUGUUUCGCCUUCGGGUAAAGUGCAAUUGCGUUGGAUAUUUCUGUAGAUGUUGGAUUGUCGCUUUGGCAAAAUUCAACAGUUUUCUAGUGAAUUUGCUACUCACCUUGGCGUCGGACACCAAUUUCUUCGAUUGUCAUCGCCUGUAGUAUUAUCCUUUAUAGAUUCCAUGUUACCAAUAAGCUAAGUUUAAAACAGUCCGAUUUUAUACAUGUCAUCUUUAGCCUAUAAGUUAAUUGAGACUGCGGUAAGAAUGUAGUUAGGAUUUCAAUGUAUGGACCAUCACAUUAGCAAUAGAAGCAAUACGUGUUUAAUUUCAUACAUUUUAAAUUUAUAUUCGAGUUAUUCAAAAUUAUUAUUAUUACGGCGACUUUUGUAGAUACUAGUACGUGUGGGUUUACUAGUGAUAAAUACACCAUAUUACACAUUUAAUUUUGUAUUUUUUAGGAUAUAUAGACUUAAGGUUAGGUUUAUGAAUAACCACUAGUUUCCUAUAUCAUUUACAGCAAUAAUGAGUGUAGAUUUUAAUAACAACAAGUAUAAAACAUCAUAUAUUUAUAUAUUAGUAUGAGGUUGACGUGGCGUUCUCGAAUUUGUCCAAGAACUAUAUGUGUUACAUAUUCCGCCAAAAAAAUUGUGAUUGAAUUGAUAUUAGUCUCGGCAUCUGUCUUGGCCAGAUUUUGUAAAGGCGCAAAGGUUUUAUACAAUAAAUAUAGUAUUCUUUAACAGACGACCUUUUAAGCCAAAUUAAUUAGAAUUGUAGAAAUUUUCCAAAACACUUAAUAGUCUUGGAAAUCAUAAUAUGUAAUAUGUUCAAUUUAUAUUUUAACACAAUUCGGAUAUUUGUUCGAAAUCAUAACAAUAAGCUUUUAUUAUUCUAUUUAUCAUAGAAGGAUUCUACAAAUAUUAUUAGUUUCAAUUUAAAUAGCUUUUGGGUUUUUAUUAUUAAACCCAUAGAUUUAGAAAUACCGAAUCAUAUAAUGGUGUGGUUUUGUUUUUCGGAAGCGGUCUUAUCAUUUCCUAUUCAUAUCUUGUUGUAGUACUGUGGCACCUGAGUAUAUAAUAUCAUUGUAAGAUUUCCCUCUAAAUCUGUCUUGGUCUAUGUCAUAUAAACCAUUGGAAUUGUUAAAUGUGCCUAUAAUAAUAAUUGUUCUGAAACAAUAUUUACUAAACGCUGAAAUGCAAAAGGUUAACGCUUUUUAAAAUAAUGACGAUAAGUAUCUACUUAUGAAACAAAACACAUGACGUUUUAAGUUGUUUUAAUAUUUGCUUAAUUUAUUAAAAAUCUUAUCAAUUUAAGGAUAUGUUGAAUUUUCUGUAACAAUGGUUGUAAAUAUUUUUUCUAUGUAUAAUUAUAAAAAAACUGUUUUAUUUCACAUUAAAUCCUUCAAGUAGAAUUGUUUUUUUUAUUCUUUGUAUUAACUAAUUUUAUACUAAAUAUUUUUUAU